GUGCAAUAUCGCGCUCCCGCUAAAACAGUGGGGCGAGCCUGGAGGGUGUCAAGAAUGGCCGACUGGUAUUUAGUUAGUACUGCGUCGUGACCUUCGAGUAUUUGCUAGGAAGCAUGGUGUGCUAAUCCAGAACUCAGUAUCGCUAUUCAGGCGGCAACGUCACCCUUCCUCCUAUACGCUCCAAGACCACAGAGGUAAAGCAGUGGGACCUGACAACGACAGAUGCCCUCGGGAGAACGAUAUCUGCAACGUCCACGUCCACGACUUCUCCAGGCAGCCAUCCGAUGGACGUGACGCGCGCCUCAAUGUCUAGUACUUCGACUCAAAGUACGAGAGAGGAAGUUGGUGGUGCCUCGUCCGAACCAUUUAUCCUACGCCAUGGACGGCGAUACCUUCGAAGCGUGUUGCACUACCCCCUUCCCUGCGACCUACCUGAGCUCCACCGCCAAAACCUACAAACUCUUCUUGCAACGUCCAUCUUCGGUCGAGCCUUGGGCUCAACGCCAUGCCCGCAAAACCCCCCGAGAAAAGUGCUGGACAUUGCUUGUGGUAGUGGAUAUUGGUCGGCCAUGUGCCAUGACUUCUUAAGCGGUCUAGGCUAUGACAAUGUCUCCUUCACCGGCCUGGACAUUGUCCCCUUGGCUGGCGACCUGCCACGGCAGGGAAUUGACUGGAACUUUGUGCAGCACGAUCUGCGCAAACUCCCGCUGCCGUUUGACGAUGACGAAUUCGAUAUUGUUAUCAUGAAGGAUAUGAGCAUGGUGAUACCGUUGGGAGAGCCGUCACAGAGGACACUCGACGAAGUAACACGGAUACUACGCUCUGGAGGUACGCUAGAGAUCUGGGAAUCAGACCACAUUAUCCGGUCGAUUCUGCCACACCCACCACCUCCACCAGGGAAGAAUGAGCAAGAGUACGCUUGUGCUGUAUCGACGGGAACGUUUCUGAUAUCUCCAAUAACACCCUUUACCGAGGUGCAGAACAAAUACCUUCAAGAUUCGAACACAUGGAUACAGGAAGCGCUAGAUCGACGAAAACUGUCUCCCACACCCUGUGCACGCAUGUCAGAGAUGCUGCUGCAAGAGACGGAGACGCUUUGCGACGUGGAAAACCGCCGAGUUGCGAUUCCGCUUGGUGAGCUGCGGUGGGAACGCGAGGCUGCGGGCGAGCGCACCAAGGAGCAGGCGGCUCUCCGAUACACUGCACUGUUGGUCGUUAUCCAGUUGAUUGAGAGUCUGGAGCCCCUGCUGAAGGAAGUAAGCGGCAAGAACCAAGAAGAAUGGCAGCGCUGGUGGGGAUGGAUGAUGGCGAAUCUGCUGGAACAGAAGGGAGCGUCAAGUGGAGCGGUUUUUGAAGUGGGCUGUUGGUGGGCUACAAAGAUUUGAACCUGUCACUCUCGUAGCUGGCGGCGUACCGAUGUUUUUAUGAUAUCCCGGCCUGUUCACGGCCACUAUUGGCGAGUUCCAAAGACAUGAGCAUCUAGGAGAGGUUGUCGUAUCGUUGGCGCAGGGUUC